AUGUCGUCGGCCAUCUUCAACAUCGUCGAGCACUUCAUCGACGCCUCGCACAUCAGGGAGUACCCGCGCGCCACGGCCCAGUCGCAGGACGAGAAGCUGCUGCUGCACGUCAAGCAAUACGUUCCCCGGGACAAUCCCAGUCCGCAGAAGGGCGACCUGACCAUCAUUGGAGCCCACGGCAAUGGCUUCCCAAAGGAGCUCUACGAACCGUUAUGGGAUGACUUCUGGCGCGAGGCGGAGCGGAGGGGGGUGCGAAUCCGCUCCAUCUGGAUCAGUGACGGUGCGUGGCAAGGCCGGAGCGGUGUCCUCAACCAAGGGAAGCUGGGUAAUGACCCGUCGUGGUUCGACUAUGCCCGCGACAUGGUCCAAGUCAUCAACACCUUCCGCAUGCCACGCCCCCUCUUCGCCAUCGGCCACUCGUUCGGGGCCAACGCCCUCGUCAAUGUCGCCCUGAUGCACCCACGCUUCUUCAACGGCCUCGUCCUCCUCGACCCCGUCAUUGGCCACUUCGACUCCAGCCCCGAGUACCUUGUCCAGGGCCCUGCCGCCCUGAGCAUCCACCGUCGCGACGUGUGGCCCUCGCGCAAGGCCGCCGCCGACGCUUUCAGGCGCAGCGGCUUUUACCAAGCCUGGGAUCCCAGGGUCCUCGACAGGUGGAUCGAGCACGGCAUCCGGCCCGUGUCGGGCAACGAGGAUGUCGACGGCGAGGUGACGCUGGCCACGUCCAAGCACCAGGAAGUCUUCACCUACAUGCGCCCAAGCUGGCCCGCCUACGACGCCAAGGGCACCAUCCUCGUCAACCCGGAGCUGGCGCCCGAUCUCGACACCGGCCCCGGCCACCGCUGCUCCCACCCGUUCUACCGCGCCGAGGGCGCCGCUACAAUGGCUCGUUUGCCGAAUGUUCGGCCCGGCACCCUCUACAUCAUCGGCGCCAAGAGCGCGUCGGCGGCGCCCGACAUUUGCGGCGACAGGGUGGCCCUCACGGGAAGCGGGCCCGGCGGCAGCGGUGGCGUCCGCGCAGGCCGCGUCAAGGAGGUUGUUCACCCGGACUACGGCCAUCUCAUCCCCAUGGAGGCGCCCCUCUUCUGCGCCGCCGAGGCGGCCGCGUGGGCCAAGACGGAGCUGGACCGGUGGUGGGCUGAGGAGCGGCGCUACGACGAGUGGGCUAAGAAGCCCCUGGCCGACAAGGUCAUGGUGAGCGAUGAGUACAAGAGGCGCUUAGGCGUGGCGGAUAGAAACACAGGCAGGACGGGGGCCAAAAUAUAG